AUGGUACUUUCUCAAUAUUUAGUGUGCACGCAGAUAGAUACCCUUAAAAAGUCAAUUAAUACUUUACCUCAGUUUUUCAAAACAGUUCGUAACCGUGACAACUUAACUAUGCCAAUACAUCGCACAACACUUUUUAGACGAUCUUUCACAUACAACGCAAUUUUAUAUUACAAUAGCUUAGCCCAGGAUCUGAAGACUAUCCAGUCUUCCCGGAGUUUUAAAACUCAAAUGUGAAAUCACCGAGUGCAAUAGGUUCUGCCACAAAAUAGGGCGCACUGUAGGGCUCUGCAUCUUUGGACAAUGUGUAUGUCAGUGACAGUUCGACAAGAUUGGAUUUACUAAAUGUCUACAUCGUUUUUAUUCUUAUAUUUAAAAAGUAGUACUAUGUCAAUAAAGAACUAAAUAUAUAACAAUUAAUAAGCUGGU